AUGGCUGCUCCGGACGACGAAAGGAGCUUUCGCCGCUUCCUAGAAGAAAUGUCAGGCGACUCCCGAGAUUAUGGUAUCCGGAAGACACUGGAUCAGAGAGUUCGUGCCUACUUCCAGAGCCUUGACGCCGGACGCAUCGACGAGAUGGGACGUUGGUACGCCGACGAUGUCGUCAAAAUCCGGAGCAUCCAGGUGCCCGGAGAGAUAUGGAAGGGCAAGGAGGAGGUUAUCGCCAGUCACAACAGCAUUAUCAAAGAACAAAAGAGGAUAGGAUGGGCUAUUUUCACUGUUCCCAACUGGGUUUUUGUUGACCGAGGACGGAUCACAUGCCGCAUUGAGAGAUUCUGUUCCAAACAGGGGCGCAAAGAGACCAGAAAGUGCACGUUUGUCGCAGUAUUUGAUUUGGACUCAACUGGACACGUGAAGAGGGUUGAGUACAGAAUGAUCAACGAUUGUACCGAGGACAGGCCCAUUGAAGAGCUUGUUCGCGAGGCGAAAGCGAAGCAGGAAGACUUGCAGACCUGUCUUGAGUCCUGA